CUAGCAGACGGUUAGUGACAUCCGAACGUUCGAUGGACAAGAUACGGCCACGCCGUGUGUAGGUAUAACUAACGGUACACGGUGUUUGCACCAGUACACCUGUAGUCGUCAUACGAGACCAGUGUAUUCAGUACAUUAGUGUUAAUCAUCAAGAAAAGUUGUUUAUAUUCCGUUAAUUCGAGUCAACAUCAUGAAUUAUAUUUUGUGUAUUUUAUGUGCGACUUGUAUAUGUAUCGCCUUUGCUAAUGGACAGUCAAUGUUGUUCCCGGAAAAUGAAGAAACCACUAAUGGAACGGAAUCUUCGGGAAAUAGGAGUGGCAAGAACUUGUUCAAUUGGCUGGGCAGUUUUGCUGAUGAAGGCGCAGAUCCUUAUCUGUCUAUGGCUAAUGGAGCAUGUUUACAAGGUGAUAUGACUGAAUGUUUCAAAGCUAGAGCUUUGUCUGGUCUUGAUGAGUUUUUUGUCAAAGAUUCUUAUCGAUUAAAUGAUAAUGUACGAGUAAUACGUAUGGCACCCGAUGAUAGUGAAUAUCGUUCAAAUAGAGCAUUUGAGUUCUCUUCGGAACAACGAGUUGAGGACUCUGAAUGGGACAAGUUAGUUAAAUUUGCAAUGCGAAAAGUUGAAAAAUUCCUUAGGUCUACAGCAGUUGAAGUUAACGUACCCGAUGAACUCACUGAAGGAGGAAGGUACUCACCAAGGUUUAUUGAUGAAAUAUCGUCCGAGUUAGAUACCAUAGAAGACAAAAAAGGCAGCUAUAUAAGUAAGAAAAAAGUUAAGAAACUUUUGGUUCCAUUGUUAAUUGUGUUGAAAUUGUUCAAAUUGAAGUUAUUAUUGUUCCUUCCUCUUAUUCUUGGAUUGGCUUCCUUUAAGAAGUUUUUAGGAUUCAUGGCUUUAGUUGUACCUGGACUGAUCGGAUUUUUUAAACUCUGUAAGCCUGAUUUGCAACACAACUAUGGAACUUUUGGCCAUAGCAGUUUCUAUAAAAGACCUUCAAACUCCGGUCCACCUUCCGGCCCUAUUUAUACUCCUUAUCGUGAACAAGAACCACCACAAUAUUUACAAGAAGAAGCUUACGGCCAGCCUUAUAAUAGACCAGCUCGAGCUCAAGAAUCCGUGGAUCCUAAUAGUUUCCGUCCUUCGAGUUCCGUUGCUUUUAGAGAGGAAGCACAUGACCAAGCGUACAGUGCAUACAAGCGUCAACAAUAACGUGAAUAUUUAAUCAUAUCCAUAAAAAAAUAAAAAUUAUAACACUCGAAAAAGCUUUCAUAAGAAAUGUUUUUAAUUGUUUGAGUACCAUAUCACUUUGACCUUUUUUUUCUACAUAUAUUGGGGUUACCAUAUAAUGAUAGAAAUAAUUGUUUAACAUUACUUUUAAUAAUAUAUUUUGUGAUAUCAAUUUAAGGACUACUUAAUUUUAGAAUUUUGUUUAACUUAGUGUUAUUAAAAUAAUUUUUUAAUUAUUAUUAUAUUAUUUAUUUAAACAUUAAAUGUAUUAUUUGAUUUCCUUUGUAUAACGCGAAGAUCAAUUAUUGUAUAAAUUAUUUUUUAUAUAUUAUGUUUUAUGAAAACUACGAAGUUAUUAUUCAAAUUAUGUAAAAA